CUUCAGUGCGCGUGCGUAAACCACGUACACCGAUGAUCAGACAGUCUCUGCUGGAUGCUAGCUGGCUAGCAGGCUAGCUUACGGUCUGUCAAGUCGCACACAUUGAGUCAGGAGGGGAAGCGCGGCGGCGGAGAAGAAGAAGCAGAAGCAGGGCGACCCCAGCGCCUGCGACGAAAUGGCCGGCCAGCAGUUCCAGUACGAUGACAGCGGCAACACCUUUUUCUAUUUCCUGACGUCCUUCGUGGGACUCAUUGUGAUCCCGGCCACAUACUACCUCUGGCCCCGGGAUCAGAAUGCUGAACAACUGCGUCUGAAGAGCCUGAGGAGGGUCCACGGCCGGUGCCUGUGGUACCGGCUCCGGCUGAUGAAGUCCCAGCAGAGCAUCGUCCCAACACUAAAGAAAGCGGCCUUAUUAUUUGGGUGGGCUGUGUUCCUGCUGCUAGCCUACAAGGUAUCCAAGCUGGACAGAGAGUACCAGGAGUACAAUCCUUAUGAAGUCCUCAGCUUGGACCCGGGUGCGUCUGUGUCAGAAAUCAAGAAGCAGUACCGUGUACUGUCACUCAAGUUCCACCCUGACAAAGGUGGUGAUGAGGCCACAUUCAUGAGAAUUGCCAAAGCCUACGCUGCUCUGACCAAUGAACAGUCGCGAAAGAACAUGGAAUUGUGGGGUAACCCAGAUGGACCAGGAGCUACGAGCUUUGGUAUUGCCCUGCCUGCCUGGAUCGUUGACUCGAAGAACUCAAUGCUGGUGCUAUUGGUUUAUGGACUGGCCUUUAUGGUCAUCCUUCCUGUCGUUGUGGGCACGUGGUGGUACCGCUCCAUUCGCUACAGUGGAGACCAGAUCCUCAUCAACACUACCCAACUCUUCAUGCAUUUUAUGUACAAGACGCCAAACAUGAACAUGAAGCGGUUGGCCAUGGUGUUGACGGCGGCGUUUGAGUUUGACCCUCGCAGCAAUAAAGAAGCUACGAUACGACCAACAGACAACAUAGAAGUGCCACAGUUGAUCCGUGAAUUAGGAAACAUAAACGUGAAGAAGAAGGAGCCUCCGUUCUGCUAUCCCUACAGUUUAAAGGCCAGGGUCCUGGUGCUCGCUCACCUGGCUCGUAUGGAUGUAUCAGAGGAGUUGGAUGAAGAUCAGAGGUUUGUGGUGAGAAAGAGUCCGCCCCUCCUGCAAGAGAUGAUCAACGUCGGCUGUCAGCUCACUAUGAUGGCCAACAGCAGAGGAGGUUUCCACGCUCCUCGACUGGUAACCAUAGAGAACUGCAUGAAGCUGACCCAGAUGUGCGUGCAGGGCCUGCAGGAGUCCAAGUCACCACUCCUGCAGCUGCCCCACUUUGAGGAGGAGCACCUCCGCUACUGCAUCUCCAAGAAGUAUAAAGUCCGGAGCCUUCAGGACCUGGUGAGUCUGAAGGACUCGGACAGACGCAGCAUGUUGCGUUUCCUGGGGGAGGAGAAGUACGAUGAGGUCAUGUCUGUGCUGGGCAGCUUCCCUCACAUCACCAUGGAUACCAAACUGCAGGUCCUUGAUGAUGAAGACAGCAAUAACAUCACCGCAGGCUCUAUCGUCACAGUCACUGUCACCUUAACCAGAAAACGGAUGGUGGACAUGUUUGAAAAAGAGCAGGAUUCUACACCAUGUCCAGGAGAGGAGGUUGCCACUACAGAGGAAGCACAAGCAGACGCAAGUAAAGCCAAAACCAAAGUGUGGCAGAACAAGAGUAAAGGAGCCAAGAAAACAGCCAAGUCCAAGAAGAAAAAAUUAACGAAGAAGAAGCCGACUCCUGUGCCUGCCAAAACCAAACAGGCCAACGGCAACGUGGCAGGAAACGAAGUCGUAGCAGCAGCAGCAGCAGCAGUAACAGCAGCAGCAGCAGCAACAACAACACCAGCAGCAGUAAAGGAGGAAGAGGACGAGGCAUCCGACAAGGGCAGCGAAUCAGACGAGGGCGAAGCCACCAAGGACUCUCCCAGUGAGCGAGACGAGGACAGCGACAAGCAAAGCGACACAGAGGUGGACGAGAUUGCUGGAGACGACGAAGAGGAGUGGGAGGCGCUGCAGCAAAGCAUCCAGCGGCGGGAGCGGGCCCUGCUCGAGACCAAGUCGAAGGUGACGCACCCCGUGUACAGCCUCUACUUCCCAGAGGAAAAGCAGGAGUGGUGGUGGCUGUACAUCGCCGACCGGCGAGAUCAGACCCUCGUCUCCGUGCCCUACCACGUGUGCACGCUACAAGACACAGAAGAGGUGGAGCUGAAGUUCCCAGCUCCUUCCAAAACGGGGAACUACCAGUAUUCAGUCAUCCUCCGCUCUGAUUCCUACCUGGGACUGGACCAGAUCAAACCACUAAAGCUGGAGGUUCACGAGGCCAAGGCCAUGAUGGACAACCACCCCCAGUGGGACAUCCCCGACACGGAGGAGGAGGACGAGGAGCAGGAGGACAGCGACGGCAUCGAGGAGAGUGAAGACGACGACGAGGACAACGACUGAGCGGGGACACACACACACACACACGUUCGCGUACACACACACGCUGAGCCUUCUCCCGUGGACUGGCCACACACCCACCCCUGACACCAUGAAGGGCAGAGAGAGAGAGAGAGAGAAAGCAGCGAGGGGCAGCGAUGCCCUGCCUGACACACAGACACACACACACACACACACACAGAUCCAUUAGGGCAAUUCAUACACACAGAGCCCUCCUGCUCUUCCUCAUCUAUGUUACCCUUACAAUGACAUGGACUGUGACCAUUUUCUCUUUUCUACAGAGACUCGUUCCUUCGCUUUCCGUCGCCGGCGGAAGAGAAAUCUGUGAAUACUUAACCAGGCCCAUGUGUGCGAGUGGGUGUGCAUGUGAGGCGGUGUGCGUGUCUGCUGCGCUGUUUGUAGCCUUGUAUGUGUUUGUACAGGUAUGAAAGGUUGACACACUGUGGACUGGAGGACCUAUUAAUCUGGGCUCUUUUCUCGAAGGGGGCCAGAGGGGAUGUGUAACAGCUAAUUCCGUUUUUUUGCAACAUCGACGAGAAGAAAACGACAACAAAAAAAAACACCCGACCUCAUGACGUAACUCGCGCUCCAAACUUAAAAAAAAAAUCACUCACGCGCCGAUGUUUUCCACGUCAGUGAUACCUUCUAUUGUACACUGAGACUGCAGGAGUGUGAGCUUUAGCCCUGUUCGUCGGGGCUCACGUCCAAGUCAACACUUUGGCAGGGGGCACGGUUAAACCUUUUUUUUUUUUCUUCUUCUUCUUUUUAUUUGGUCACACUAGCCAGCCAGUCACGUGUAUGUACUUGUAAUUACUGUGUGUUGAAGGGGAUGGAUACUGGUCUCCUGUCAGUUCUGUCCAUGAUCCACAUCUAAUAAUGAAUUCUAACCUGAAGUUAAAUGAGGCGAUAAUGACAAAACUUGCAGUGUUAUGAUUUUUUUUUGUCUCCUCCUUCUUCAUAAACUACAUACAAGUUGUGACGGAUAAUGAUAUGAUAUAAUAUAUAGAUACAUACUCGUGGCUUUUCGGAGAAGAGACUUCCUUUCUCCUCCAUCUUGUUUGCUGCACAUUCCAGUGUAUACUCAUUGUCCAAAAAGGCCUUACGAAUACAACUGAAAUACCACGAGAUAGACGUCUUUGGGUGCUAAUGCCCCGGUGAAUCUUGGGAGAGCAGAAAAAAUAUUUUUGUUUGUGCGUUUGUUAAAUAACCGAGAGUGUUUUCCCUUUUUGUUACAGUUUAGAAUGCGUCUUCGUAGGAACCUGUAGCUCCGCAGUCUUCAUGCAUAUCUGUGAUCUCUCCACGAGUACAGUUUUGUCUGGUAAAAGGGGGUUAGUGGUCGAGUGGUUCCCUGACACACACACGCAUACACACAGACACACACACACACAAACAACACGAUCAGAAAUGUGUCUCGGACAAAAACCGGUUGAAAGCACGAGACAUUUCCGUGCAGCACCUUCUCUCUUGAGUCAUUCAAGCAGAACAAGCUUAGUUUUGUGAUUACAGCCAUUUCAGGUGGAAAAUUCCCCUCCACCAAAUCUCCUGGUGUACUUUUUCUUUUUGUCUCGGUUUUUUGUCUCCGUUAAACUGUAGUUAUAACACAUGUAACACAUAGGUAUUUUUCCCUGUUUUCUGCCAUUCUAACCUUUUUUUUAGUUUUUCCCCCCCCCCCAUCUCUUUGACUCAUGAGUGGAGAGAAAAAAACAAAUCUGAGCUUCCUCAUGCUGCUCUGUUGGCUCUCGCCGUAUGUUGACAACCUGACAGACCAGUUUUCAAACCAUAUAUAUAAAAAAAUGUCUCAUCAUGAUUGAAUAUUCAACAACAUUAUGGCAUAGUCAUGUUAGUGUGGGAGCGAUGAAGGUUUGAAUAUCUGUGGGAACGCGCCCCCCGACAGACACACACUCUCACACAAACAAACGGACAUUUCGCGCACUAUAGCCUCCUGUAAUUAUCUUCAAAGCAGGUGUACCCUAACAGGUUAUAUUGGACUCUGAGUAUUUAUCGCUCUGCAAUAGAAUGUAGCAUCAGUGAUUUUUACGCUGUGUGGAAAAAAACCCAACUGCAGUGAGGUUAAAUACGCCACCAUCUCUCCCCAUGACAGACCUCGUCCGGGCGACUGGCCACCAGGCCGCCUCCGCUGGGACAAACGACCCAAUGACUAUCUAUCUGCCACUUUUGUUUACAAAGGAACUGUCAUUGUAAAUGGAAAAAUAUAUUAUUUGUAUUUAAAAUCAUUUCAAAUAAAAAACUUUUAAAUGAA